AUGAAGUUAACACUAUAAUCAACACAAUUAAGAAAUCCUUAACAAGCUUAUACAGGUUUAAUGUAUGGCUCAAUUGAUUAAGUUGAUAAAUUAAAAAAAGAGAAUAAAAUAGUUGAAAGUGAAAAACUUUUUGUGUUAUUGAAUGGUUACACAUUUAUAUUAGAAGGAGUAUUACUUAAUUAUGAAUAUAAUAAUAGGAUAGAGAAUAUAGAAUGAAUGAGAUUGCUGCAAACAGAUAUUAAAGAGAAUUUUUAGAAAUGACAAUUAAUUAAGAUGUUGAAUUACAAGUAUUCAAAUUGCCUAGAGAUAAAGUGUAUAGAUUAGGAGUAUUGAAUUUAGAGAUUGAUAUAUAAUAAAUUUAAAAUGGAGGAAAUUAAUUGGAAUUAGAUGAUGAUGAAUUUGCUAAUGCAUUUAAAAGUUAAUUUAAGGGAUAAUUUUUUAAGACUGGUUAGGUGUAAUUAUUUCAAAAUAAUGAGAAUAAUUAUUUAAUCAAAGUAAUUUAAUUACAAUGAUAGGUAACAAGAACAGAAAAUUUGAAUGUUGGAGUAGAUUCAAAUUUAGUAAGAUUUGGAGGUGGAGGAAUGUUGAUUGAUGAAACAGAAAUAGAAUUUAGUGUAAGAUCUGGUAUAUCUUAAAUAAAGAUGAAAAAUGUAUAAAAGAAAUAAACAAAUUUAUUUAGAGAAGAUUUUAAUUUUGAUAAAUUAGGAGUAGGAGGACUUGAUAAAGAAUUAGCAAAUAUAUUUAGAAGAGCAUUUUCAUCAAGAAGAUUUCCAUAAUAAUUUUUAGAGAAAUAUGGGAUUAAACAUAUUAAAGGAUUAUUAUUAUAUGGUCCACCUGGAACAGGAAAAACAUUGAUUGCAAGAUAAUUAGCAAAAGUUUUGAGAGCUAGACCUCCAAAGAUUGUUAAUGGACCAGAAAUAUUUAGUAAAUUUGUAGGAGAAGCAGAGGAAAAUAUUAGAAAAUUAUUUGAAGAUGCAAUAAAGGAUUAAGAAACUUUAGGAGAUGAUAGUGAUUUACAUAUAAUUGUAUUUGAUGAAAUGGAUGCUAUUUGUAAAUAAAGAGGAUCAGUUUCAUCAGGUGUAGGUGCAUAUGAUAAUGUUGUUAAUCAAUUAUUAUCAAUGAUAGAUGGUGUUAAUUCUUUAAAUAAUAUUCUUGUGAUUGGUAUGACAAAUAGAAAAGAUUUAAUUGAUGAAGCUGUAUUAAGACCUGGAAGAUUUGAAGUACAUAUAGAAGUUGGAUUACCAGAUGAAAAUGGUAGAUUAUAAAUAUUAUAAAUUCAUACUGAAAAUUUAAGAAAGAAUUAAGCUUUACAUAAUGAUGUAAAUAAUGAAGAAUUAGUAACAUUAAUGAAAAAUUAUACAGGGGCUGAAAUUGAGGCUGUAGUUAAAUCAGCAUCAUCAUUUGCUUUUUAAAGAAUGUAGAAUAUUUAUAAUUUUUCAUAAAAAUUAAGUUAGAAAGAAGAUUUUAGAAUAACUAGAGCAGAUUUUUAAAAUGCUUUAGAAGAAGUGAAACCUUAAUUUGGAUUUGAUUCAAAUAAAUUUGAUUUGUUAUUAAAAAAUGAAUUAAUUGAUUAUGGAGAAGAAUUUUAAAAAUUAUAGAAAAUGCUUAGAAAUACAAUAAAUCAAACUCGUUUUGGUAAGAGUUCAAAAUUAAAUUCAAUUCUUUUGGAAGGAUGUUAAGGUUCAGGUAAAACAAGUAUUGCUGCUUAUUUUGCAGUAGAAUGUGGAUUUCCAUAUGUAAAAUUAAUAUCACCAGAAUGUUUUAUUGGUAUGACAGAAGAUGCUAUAAUAAAUAAAAUUAGUAAGAUAUUCAAUGAUGCAUAUAAAUCCACUCUUUCUUGUAUAGUUAUUGAUAGUAUUGAGAGAUUAAUAGAAUAUGUUGAUAUUGGACCAAGAUUUUCUAAUGCAAUUUUAUAAACACUUUUAGUAUUAAUUAAAAGAUUACCAGAUAAAGUAUUUAAAUUAUUUAUAUAUAUAGUCAUAAAAUAAAUUAUUAAUAGUAGGAACAACUUCAACUUAUUAAAUUUUGAAAUAAUUAGGUGUUGUUUCAUGUUUCAAUUUAACUUUUUAGAUACCAAAUCUUACAAAAAGUGAAGAAAUAAAGGCUGUAAUCUAUAAUUAUAUGAAUAUUGCAGAAAAACAUAAUGUAACUAAUAAACAUAAAAAACAAUUAAAUUAAAAAUAAUAAGCAUAGAUUGAUAAAAUUUGUUAAACAAUUAAUAAAAUUCCAAUUAAAAGAUUGUUAAUGUUAUUAGAUAUGGUUUGUACUGAUGAGAAUGAAUUGGAUUAUUAAGAAUUUAUGGCAUGUUAUUAAAUGGCUCAAAUGAAUCAUGAAUGAUUUUUAUUUUAUUUUAUAAUUAAUUAAAAUUUAUUAAGAGUAAUUUUCAAAAUAUUAAUCAAGAAUUUUAUAUAGUUUUAAUAAAAGGAUUAAUAGUGAAAAGAAAGAAUAUAGUAAUAAAAAACUUAUACCAAUAUCAAAAUGUUCUAAAAAUGGAAUAAUCUAAGAUGAGUUAGUUGUGAUCAAGAUCUUUUAAAUACAUAUUUUUUAGAUUGGAGUAAGAUUGAUAGUUUUUCUUUAUAUGGUAUUGAUGAAUGCUCCAGAAUAUUAAUAAGUAAAUGUGAGUUUUACAGUUUGUUAGAAUGGUUCAAGUAAUUAUUGUUAUUUUAUAAUAAAGAACCUGAUGUCGUUUGUGCUUUUUAAGAUACCAUUCAAAAAGUUUUAAAUAGAUAUUAUACACUUUUAAUUGACAUCAUACCAUAUAUCAUUAAUUUACAAGAUUUCCUCUAACGACAAACUCCAAAAGUAGAAGACAUUCACACAACCAUAUCAGCCAAAGUAACUAAAGAUGUUGAAAUAUUUAAGUAACUUAUUAUAACAAUAACUGAUUAUGGUUAUUUCCAAUAAGAACUACUUAAAGAAAUUGUUGCAUUCAUCAUAGUAAUAGAGAAAAUGUGGAACCAAAAGUCUAUUAUUAGAUAUUAAUAAGAUAAAGAAAUAAUUGAUUUAAAUACUGAUACAUCUUUGGCAAAUGUUGUUAUUUGUCUCUCUGAUACUGAAAAAAUUAGUUAUUGA